AUGGUUUCUCUCCGAUCCCUCAGCCUCGUCCUCCUUGUGGGUACUGCUUCAGCAGCGUGCCGCAAGCAGUGCGUGGUCCCCGCUUCUGGGGGCACUUUAUCGGACUCGGCAGCCAUCCAAGAGGUUCUUGAUCGUUGCAACAGGGACUCGUUGAUUUUGUUCGAGGAGGGGUCCAACUACAACGUCUUCGAGCCCAUUGCGGCCCUGAACCUCACCAACGUGAUCCUUUCGGUUCAAGGCAAUCUGCAUCUGCCCCAGGAUAUCUCCGCCGUGCAGAAGAUCGUCGCAGGAGGCAACGGCCACUGGUUCGACUUUGCGGGUACCGACAUACAGUACAUCGGCAACUCAGAUAUCUCACAUGGCUGGAUCUACAGCUACGGCCAGGCAUGGUGGUCUGCCAACGCGAAGGCCGGCGGCACCGGUCUCCCGAACCGUCCGCAUCUUAUGGCUUUCAAAGCCACCAACGGUGUCAUGAACUACUUCAAGUCGUCCAAGCCCGUCGCCUGGAAUCUUGCCGUCAAGGGAUCCAACAUCAGCAUCGCGAAUGCCGUCGUUGAUUCUGUCUCCGAGGACUGGAGUUUCCCCUUUAACACGGACGGCGUGGGCAUCGGCGCCACUGAUGUUCACGUCACGGACUGCGUCAUCUACAACGGCGACGACGCCUUCGCCAUCAGCGACGGCGCGAAGAACGUCGUUGUCGAGCGCAGUAUCAUUGGAUACCAGACCCACGGCAUGAGCAUCGGCUCCCUUGGUUCCGACGCCAAGAAAUUCUACACCGUGUCCAACAUUCGAUUCGACGACAUCACCGUCGCCGGAGGCCUGUACGCCGCGCGUUUCAAAUCGUGGGUCGGCGGCCAGGGCCUCGUGAAGGACGUCUCGUGGUCGAACAUCCGCCUCUACAACGUUACGUUCCCUAUCUUCAUCACCCAGACCUACAGCGAUCAGGGCAAGGCGUCCGCGAACCGCCCGAACAACUCGUCCGUGCAGAUGCGCAACUUCAAGUGGGACAACUGGGCCGGCUCGAUCAACAGCUACAAUCCGGGCGACGGCUCCUGCGCCUCCAACCCUUGCUGGUAUAACGUUGGCCUCCCGAAUCUCAAGCACAACGAGGCAAUCAUUGUCGAGUGUAACGAGGAUGAUUCGUGCCAGGGCUUCGAGUUUGACAACAUGCGCAUCUAUCCACAAGAUAUGACGGCGCCCAGUGUCAUCUGCAUGAAAGCCACUGCGGAGCUGAAUCCCAAUCUGGGCAUCGACUGCCGCAACGGCACUUACAUCCCCCUAUAG